AUGUUGGGUGAGAAGCUCAUCCUUUCUGUGACAAGCGUCUCUGCACCUGAACUGGCAGUGGAGUGGUUCCACAAUGAAAAGCUGAUAGAUGAGUCCGAUACGCAGUACGUACUAAAGCACGACAAGAGCCGCUAUGAGCUCAUCAUCGAUAGCGCCAACUUGAUCGAUGGAGGUAAAUGGAAAGUCGUUGGUCGAAACAAGCUGGGACAAUGCGAAAGCUCGUGUGAUGUGGUGGUGAAGAUCCCUGACGGAUUCAUGGCACCUACUUUCGAAAAGACUUUACAAGACGUCAGCUGUGAAGAAAUGGAAUUGCUCACGCUGCCCGUUAAGAUCUUAGCCAAUCCUCCGCCUGAGAUUACUUGGUAUUGUGACGACAAGGAACUUCAACAUUCUCUAAAUCAUCGACUUCAAUUUGACGAUGAUACAAAAGAAUAUUCCCUUACAAUUGUGAAGGCUUAUAAAGAGGAUAGUGGAGAGUACAGAUGCGUGGCUCGAAAUGUGAUUGGUGAGGCUGAGAGUGUCUGCAGCGUCCGCAUUGAGGAGCCAGAGGACAAAAGAAGCAAGAAAAUUGACGAGUCUAAAGCUCCAAAGUUUAGCAUGCAUUUGGUCAAUCCACGUGAAGUACCGGAGGGAACUGAGCUGAUCUUAACGUGCGUCGUCACUGGUACUCCUCAUCCAAAAAUCACUUGGCUCAAAGAUGGUAAAAGGUUGUCGUUGACUGACAAGGACGCAACUUAUGAUAAUGGCGUCUGCAACCUAACUAUUGCAUCCGCGACCUUAGCGGAUAGCGGCAGUUACGCAUGUGAGGCUGAAAACAUCCAUGGUAAAGCACGAUCGGAGACUGUUGUGAACAUUACAACGUCAGUUGAAGCUGACAAAUCUGCUCCCAAAUUUGUCGAACUGUUGAUGGAUCAGACAGUGCAGGAGACGGAAGAAAUACUUCUCGAAUGCUGCUUCAAAGGCAAACCAACCCCUGUCAUUACUUGGAUGUUCGAGCACCUUCUUGUAGCUAAGAAGUGCGACGGCUGUUCCAACACCAGUGACGAAAGGUACCAGCGAUGGAGAAACUCUGUUUCCAACAAGUUGGGUGCGGUGGAGUCCCGUGCUAUGCUGGUAGUCGAGCAAGAAACUACAGACCAGUUGUCCAACAUCCCUGUUUUCAUAAAGAAGAUCCAGAAUGUGACUGUCAAAGAGGCUGCUGUUCCAUCACCACCGACAUUCGUGGUCGCACCCAAAGCCAAGUUCGUCGUCGAUGAGUCUUCAUCUCUAACAAUUGUCUGUGAUAUUAGCGGCUCAUCUUCGAUGCAAGUCACGUGGCUCAAAAACGGUCGACCACUUAACGCCACAGAUAGGGUGCAGAUGGAGCGUGACGGUCUGACAUCCAGACUAAUUAUAGCAAAUGUCACCCCUGAAGACGAAGGACAAUACGCAGUCACUGCCAAGGACGAACAUGGCGAAGUCACAGCCGAGAGCGAAGUUGUGGUCACUCCUCGCCGUGAAGCCGCCCCAACAGCAGUCAAGAUCGUCAAAGGUCCCCCUAGUGCUAUCAAAGGCGAGCCGGUUGUGGAGAGCUCUACGAAGGACUCCGUCUCAUUGAGCUGGUCCCCACCCGAAGACACUCACGGAUCACGUGUGGAAGACUAUAAAGUGGAGCAGCGCACUCCUGAUCAACAGAACUGGGUCGAAGUAGCAACAGUAACCCGACCAAGAUGUACCAUCAAGAAUCUUUCACCCAACACUGAAUAUCUUUUCCGUGUUGCUGCCAGGAAUGCGGAAGGAUUCAGUGAAGGCAGUUUACCUGUGAAAGUAAGAACUCUCCCGGCCGGAACAAAGCCACUCUUCACAGAAUCACCGGCUUCUUCCAUUGCUGUGACAGAAGACGAAGAACUCUGUAUUGUGGCGAAGUUCAGCGGCUCACCCACCCCUUCAGUCAAAUGGUACAAGAGCGGCAAAGAAAUGACUGACGGCAGUAUCACCACUGAAAGUGACAGUUCCGUGCUAACCAUAGCUAAAGCCCGCAGUGGUGUCGACGACGCCAUCUACACGUGCCAAAUCGAAAACGAGAUGGGACAAGCGUCAUCUGACAUUUCUGUCAGUGUUAUUUCCAGCAAGGAAGAAGUUCCGAUGGCACUGCCAAGUGGGUACCACAAUGAUGAUAAGGUUACGCCCACAGGUCGCUACGAGUUGUUCACCUCCUCCAACGGAUCUCAGAAGCUUGUCUGCCACAACAGCAACGUGACUGAUGCUGGUGUAUAUCGCUGUGUUUUGACAAACGAGAAAGGCAUGGCGCAAACUGAUUGCGAAGUGUUCGUCAGAGGAGCAGAGGACCAGGCGGCCCCGGUGUUCGAGAAAAAUUUGGAAGAUAUCACUACACUGACUGGCAAAAAGCUAGUGUUAAGCUGCCGUGCUAUUGGCCAUCCUGAACCUGAUUUAGUCUGGACCAAAGAUGGCGAGCGAAUAGCCACCAGCAGACGGGUGCGACUUGAGUUUGACGAUAAAGGGUUGUCUGAGCUGCACAUACACGACUGCACAGCACAAGAUGCCGGUAUUUACCUUUGUACUGCCACGAAUACGUCUGGAGUGCAAUCCACGCAGUGUACGGUUACGGUUGCGGAAGUGUCCGGCAAGGAUGCUCAUUUGGUAAUUGCUGAAGAAGAAAAGAUCAUGAAACCUCGAUUCAUUCGAGCACCGCCUUCGACCUUGGAAGCGCAGGAAGGAGGACAGUUCAAGCUUAUUGCAAAGGCUGUUGGUGAACCGAAGCCAACAUUGACCUGGAAGAAAGACGGAAGAGAAGUAGUGCGCUCUAAUCGACCGUACAAAACGUAUUUGACCGGUGAUGGCGAGAGUCACCUGGUCGUGGAGUGCGUUGUUUCGAAAACAAGCGGCAUUUUCAGCUGCAUCGCCCAUAACAUCCAUGGCGAGGCUGAGACUGAGACUCAAGUUUUUGUCCAUCGUGGCAAGACUUCACUCCCUGCCGCAGAAAAACCUGCGUUCUCAGAACAUCUCAAAGACACUGGUGUUGUUGCAGGACAUCCUGUCACACUUGGUUGUAAGGUGCAUGGUGUUCCUGAACCUGAACUAAAAUGGUAUUACAUAGACGAUGCAGGAAACAUCACCUGCCUAACGGAUGAUGAACAUGGCUGGAUAGAAUGCAGAGGAGGAGAGGUGGCGGAGCUCAAAGCAGAUUGUGUGCUAAGAAAUCAGCAGGGCACAUACAAAUGCGUGGCUAGCAAUGAGCAUGGUCAAGCCAGUUCAAUGUGUUAUCUUCUUAUUGGAGAUCUGAAAGAUGAACGUGCCGGACCUCCUCGUUUCCUUCGAUGCCUGAGAGAUGUCUGGACUCCUCUCGGAGAAGAGAUAAAUUAUCUAUCGGAGAAUGUCUGCGAGUUACGAGUGUCGCAAGUGUCCUUGAGAGACCUCGGCAGCUAUGCCGUCGAAGCCUCCAAUGUCCAUGGCGUUGUGCGUACCACCUCAUCACUGAACGUUGGUGAGCCACGCCAUGCAGAGCCACCGCAGUUCCAGCAAGUGGAAGCACCUGGGAUUGCAGUAAAGCCGAAAGUUGCGUUCCGCGAAGAAGUAAGAGCUUUUACCCUCCAAAAAGGUAUUCUCAUGUGCGCAUUUCUUCCUCAGGUGAAAAAGUCUGCCUCAACGGUUCGCAUGGAGAUGCGCAAAAAAGGUGCCGCUCCUGUUUUCAUCAAAGGCCUUGAAGACAUGGAGCUUGAGGCCGGAGCAUCAGCUGCGGUAGCCGGAAAACUGAAAGGAAAACACCGCCAUCGUCACAGUGACAAAGGCGCGAAGACGGCACGAGGUCUCGCAGCUAGCAUAAUGGCUGGAAUGAAGAUCGACGAGGAGUCGCGAAGACAAAGCACUGAUGAACAGAAGCAAGGCUACUUGGCUAUGGAAGAAAUUCGCAGUACCAUUCAAGCAAGAAAUGAACACAUGUGCAGACCGAAGUUCAUAGUGAAACCAAGGCCAAAGAAGGUAUUGGAAGAGUUUAAGUCUCUUCGACUGAAGACCGCCAUUUCUGCCAAUCCAACGCCAGUUGUUCAUUGGGAUCGUGAAGGUGUCAUACUGGAGACUGGCAAUAAGUACUCUAUCUAUAAUGAUGGAGAUUUCUACUAUUUGGAGGUUCAUCAAGUUUCCAUUUUCGACCAAGGAUUCUACAACUGCACUGCUACCAACAGUGAAGGAAUUUCAACAUGCUCGUCUGAGGUUGAGGUGGUGAAAGCCACUGAGGAUCCUUCAGCACAGCAAGAAAAACGAAAACCGAAAAAAGAACUUAAAGCGCCAGCUUUCAUUGAAGUGCUGCCAGGGAAGUUGAAGGCAAUUGCUUGCGAGCCGUUGUCAAUUGAAUGCUCUCUAUCGGGAUAUCCUGCACCUGCUAUUCGGUGGUUGCGUAAUGGCACUCCACUGCUCCCACAAACGGAAAGAUAUGUGAUGUCUUACGACGGCGAAUGUGCAACACUGAAGUUCGCGUUUGUGUCAGUCGCAGACGAAGGCGUUUACACCUGUGAAGCGAAGAAUGAAUGUGGAGAGACAAAGGCUCAGGUCUGUCUUGAAAUUGACCCCGGAGAGUCAUUAUCGGCUGACGGCAUUCCGCCUUUGUUCAGAACUGAAAAAGUUCGAUCGAUAAUAAAAGCCAAUGAUGGAGAGCGUGUUGAGCUAGCUGCUGAGCUUGUGCAAGGUUCUGAACCAUUGCAAAUACGUUGGGUUCGUAAUCGAGUGGUCAUCACGGAUUCUGAAUCUUUCCAAUACGUACGAAACGGUACAGAUGUUCGUCUAGUGAUUGCUGACGCUUUCCCUGAAGACGGCGGAGAAUACGCCGUGGAGGCGCGAAAUCAGUUUGGAACAGCGCGAUGUAUUAUGAGACUCGAUAUUCACAGUGAGUCUUCACUUUGA